AAAUCCGUGCCAAAAAAUAUCAAAACUAAACCGUUCGUGCUUCCUUAAUAUUGUAUGGAUUGAGGCCGUGUUAUUCUAGCCCAUGCUCUUCAUCCAAACCCUUGACAAAGAAAAAGCCUCGGUUAAAAUAAAAGUAGAAUCUCAUGGAAAGAAUAAAAAGUUAACUCAUUUGAUUGGCUAGUCACGAGCGCUUUGCUAUGGACCUUACUUGUAACUACGCAAGCGCUACACGGUGGUUGCCUGUUGAUGCCUGUUCGUCGCUGAAGGUUUUCACUUCCAAUUCCAAGCAGCAUCUCGAUUUUUUUUUCUUAAAACUUCUGAUGACAGCCUUAACGAGGCCAGUGUAUCGAAAAUAAUGAUAGGAAUUCUUAAGAUCAUCUCUUACCGAUAUUGCAUUGUGUGGCUAAUGGUCGUUGUGUUUAGUUUGUUGUAAUCAGUGCUCUUCGGGAUCAUGUAGUUCCGCAAUGUACAGGACAUUUUUGUGCUACGUGUUAUUAUUCAUAAUAGCUUCCGUUAAAGCAAAACUUCCAAGUUUACAGCGAGUGUGUGAAAAGAACAAAAACGUCAGUCCACUUAAUUUAGAUUAUGACGAAGUAACAGCUACCGUCAAUGUUUCUCUUAUUAAAAAUAGCGACGAAUUAUUUACUUCUUACAAGAUAUACUUGUUUGCCGAUUGGAACCAUUCGACGGACAAAAUUUCCUGUACAGAUGAUGCUUACCUUAUAUCUCAUACCGCUUAUGAUAUUACCGCAGAAAACUAUUUCCUCGUUAGUUUGCGCUACGUCUAUAGCGGCUUUUAUCGACUGACGAUUGUUCCCUGGUUCAACAACACAAUAAGUUUCCAGCCAAUUAGCGUUUAUUUCGUCACACGAACCACACGCCGUCCUAUGGCUGUUCAAAACUGGACUACACAAUUCAUCAUCCAUCCUUUGCCAACAUAUUCUAGCAUUAUCGUCCAGUUUCUUCCGGCUGAUGUGGAGUACGAUUUCAACUUAUACGAGGUUUUAUUAUCGGAGUGUGAUUCAGCCUCAUUAUCCAUUUCCGUUGGGCGUUCUUCAGUUUGUUAUGCCAACCAGUCGAAACCAGAAUGCAUUUUUGACAAUUUAACGGUCGGCAAAUAUUGCGCUUUCGUGAGGCCUCUUGAUCAGCGCUGCAAUUACGGUAAUAUAUGGAAAGUCAAGGACCACUGUACUGUUCACAGCGACGUGAUUGAGCUUGCUCAUUCUUCCCCUUCGACUAAUACGCAGUGGUUACCAAGAGGAUCAGUUUUAGGAGAUAGUGUUGGGAAUCACUCGACAACAAUUUUAUCUGCUGUAAUAAUUAGCCUUGUCUUGGUUGCUGGAUUUGUGGGAGCAUUGAUCUAUGGAAUCAGAAGACGAUCUCAAAUGCGUAACCAUCGAAAGUUUCCAGCUAUUCAUUUAACCAGAUCUUCAGUAAUAACUACUGGUAGUACAAGAAAGAACAUUUUAUUGCUAUGGUUACGCGACAACAGCCAGCUAACGCAGCAGGUUAAUCAACUUAAAGACCAAUUCAAAGGGCUAAAUGCUAGAAUUAUGGAUAUUUACGAUGACGAAUUGUACGACGAGCUAUCCGUGGACCCUGCUCACUGGUUGAACGAAAUCAUGGCUAUGAAAAACUUGCGCAUUGUCGUGGUUGGAUCGCCUCGAUUGGAGCAACAAUUUACAAACGAUGUUCGUCCUGGAAAUGAAUUGGAUAAUCUUGAAGGUUUGGUGCUUUAUGCCAUAAAACAGCUCUGGCUCCUUAAAGCGGCCAGCCAUUCUCUCUAUUCAACUACUUUUUUCGUUAGGUUCUCCAAUAUUCCCUAUGAUGGGAAUACUAACGAAUUGACACCUUUCCGUUGUUUUUUACUGCCCAUGCACUGUGAAGAACUUGUUUUUUACAUAAAUAGUUAGGAAUAUAGGUAAACUUAAAUUAUAAAGAAAGUUAUGAAUUUAUUAACCAAAAAAUCGUUCGAGUAAACUGAGUUGCAUGGGCACUGUACAAAAUCGAUUUAUUAAAUUAAAAUAGAAUGCUCUUCCUGGGAAUGGAAAAUCUCGAUUGUAGCGAGCCCGCCAAAUCACGGUUUCGGAGCAAACAUACUCCGCAAAUCAAGUUGCCUCAUUCCAUUUGUUACAAUUGUUUUUGAAGGGUCCUUAUUUUUCUGUCGACUAAGCCCGGAAACUCGAAACCCACUGAGUGGGAUCUUCUUGGUGAUAGUGACAGAUUCCUCGGUAUUGAUUGAUGAAUUCUGUUAACAAAUAAAUAUUGCAAAUUAAAAG